AAAUGUUGCAUGUGCCUUUAAGAGCACUAUGUCCCACUCUACAUGUCUCUCUCUGAGCCUCAUAUGUGUUUGUUGGCAUCAGCUGUCCUCAGUGCUGAAUAGAGCAAGGACAUCUUUUCCUUCACGUCAAUGGGAUUAGAGGAAGAAACACCCUCUUCACACUGCUGGCUGUCAUCUCAGUGCUCAGAAGACAAAAUGGAAAUGCAGUAUGAGCAGAGGACAGGAGGAGGAUCGGGAUAAGUCACAAGUUUGGACUACAAGACUGAUCACUUUUUACUUUCUUAUACUAAAUGACCAAGAAAUUUGUUUCCAAUCUCAAGGGAGGUAUGCAAAUAAUCUGAGGCUGCAGGCUCAGAAACAGCAUCCUGCACCUUUACUUCACUGCUGUCUAAACAAUGGGUGAACCCAGGGGUCAGACGAAGGGUUCAAAUGCUGGAAGCAGCCCUGUAUUGGAACCGCAGUCUGCUUCGUUCAACCCUGAUGUCCCAUCUUCAUCUUUGUCUCCAAAACUUGCCCAGAGCAACUUCAGGAGAGUCAGUCGCACAGAGGACAGCAGCCCCUAUCCGAUCCCUGGCCUAGCACCAGACAUCCUGCACAUGCGAGUGAAAGAAGGAAGCAAGAUCCGCAAUUUGCUACGGUUUGCAACAGCUCGCAUGCAAGGGGAUGGGAAAGACAGCAAUGAGACAUCACUGAGACAAGUGGUCUUCACUGGCUCAGGUAGAGGAGUCACAAAGACCAUCACCUGUGUGGAGAUUCUGAAACGUAAAGUGGGGGAGCUCCACCAGGUGUCCAAGCUCUACUACAAGACAGUGAAUGAGGUCUGGGAGAGUUCACAACAAGGAGAACCAGGUGUAACCGUGCAGAGGACAGUCCCUGCCAUCUGUAUCCUGCUCUCUAAAGACCCUCUGGAUCCACAGGAGCCUGGAUACCAACCCCCCGAAACCCUGAGUGUUCCCACAGAGGACGCAGAGAGACGCAGAGCUCUGCUCAGGCCAGCUCACAGUCCCUCCUCACAGCACACAGCCAAGAGAGUCUGUCUGGAUGACUGGAGUGUGUGUUCUCCAUGGACGUCUCCAUGAAAGUCUGACAUAUGUCAAAAAAAUCAGAAAAUGAACAUUUUAGGUGGAUCUGAAGGUUAUUUUGGCAUGUCUUUUAAGCAGCAUCAAGUUUACUUAAAGUAUGAAAUACCUCUGAAUUUUAACUUUUAUAUUUUAAUGUUUACGUAAGGUAUUCCACCACUAAAGUAAACAACUGCCUCUGCCUCCGACGGACAAAAGACAUUCUCUUAAUUCAUAAUCUGCCUGUACUGUAGCAAUAAAUAUGCAUGAUGAAAUCUAAAUGUCUUUUUCAAAACUUUGUUAUAACAAGUAAUGUAUGUGUUUGAAUUAUGAUUAGCAGCAAUAUGGUCACAUUAUAGUAGUUACAUAAAAUAUAUACAGUAUAUCAAAGCUUAUUCUGAUGCAAAAGGUCAACAAAGUACUGCAAAAGCACACAAAGUUGGCAACAGUCAUUAUGAAUAUAAAAGUCAAGGUUUGCAUCAAGUGUUUUUAUUCUGUUUUCUACUUUUGGAUUGAAAUUAUGUACAUUGUCAUGAAUCAUAUGAAUUUUUUUGUUAAGGAUUUAUUUUCAUAAUGAUGAUGUCCCUUUGUACAGAUGUAGCAUCACUGGAAUAAAUAAACUAUGCAU